CCCUCGCCCCCGGCCCCGGCCGCGGCCCCGCAACUGCGCCGAGCGCGGCGGGUCCCGCCCGGGGAGGCGGUGGCGGGGAAGGGGGAGGAGAGGCGGCGGAGAGCGCUGCCUCCCGAGGAACCGAACGGGGGGAGAGAGGAACGCGCGGAGGAAAGGACGGGCCGGGCUGGGGAGGGUCCCGCUCCCGGUCCCGCCCGCCUGGAGCACCCGCGUCGCCUCCGCGCCGGGACCGCGGUAGAGUCGCUCGGGGCGGCCACCGCCCGCCGGCCCCGCGCCCAUGUGCUCCUGGCAGCCGCGGCGGGAGCCUCCACUCCCGGCGUGUCCGGACCUUUGACUUCAUGAUGGGAGGAAAUAUCCCCCUGGCUCUCAGGAUCCGAGCUUCUUCCAGCGUGAGGAUUUGUCAAGGCUGAGAGAUUCCGGAUUAUCCAUAAAGCUCCUCUAAAAUACACAGUUACUUUUGUGUCUUCCCAUCUUGUGGGGUCUUGGAGCAGAUACAAAGAUGGCCUCCAGCCUCACCUGUGCUGGCAUCGUCUGGGCCUUCCUCUCCUUCCUCUGCGCUGCUGCCUCCUGUGUUGGCUUCUUCAUGCCCUACUGGCUCUUGGGGUCCCAGCUGGAGAAGUCUGUUUCCUUCGGCACUUUUCGGAGGUGUUCCUACCCGGUGCGGGAUGAGAGCCGCCAGAUGACCGUGAUGGUGGAGCAGUGUGGCCGCUAUGCCUCCUUCCAGGCCAUCCCGAGCGCCGAGUGGAGGAUCUGCACCGUGGUGACGGGCCUGGGCUGCGGGCUGCUGCUCCUGGUGGCCCUGACAGCGCUCAUGGGCUGCUGUGUGUCCGAGCUCAUCUCCAGGACUGUGGGCAGGGUGGCAGGAGGCAUCCAGUUCCUGGGGGGUUUGUUGAUUGGCUCUGGUUGUGCCCUCUAUCCUCUUGGCUGGGACAGUGAAGAAGUCAGACAAACCUGUGGAAACCUUUCCAACCAGUUUGAAUUGGGGACCUGCCACAUCGGCUGGGCCUACUACUGCACGGGCGGGGGCGCGGCGGCCGCCAUGCUGGUGUGCACUUGGCUCGCCUGCUUCUCGGGCAAGAAGCAGAAGCAAUACCCCUACUGAGCCGGCCCUGGGCAGGGGCCCUGCCGGGCUCACCCAGGUCUGCUGGACAACGGCGACGGACAAGGAAUUUUCAAAUGCUUUCUCUCGGGAGCAGGACGGCGGGCGGCCCCAGGGUGGCAGGGAGGUGCAAAGCCACCCGGCGGGCUGGGCAGGGACCGGCUCUCUCACCCGAGCCUGCUCAGGGUCUGCUCCACAAAAAUAUAAGCAAGGAAAACUCUGCUUUGGCAAACGGUGAAAUUCUGCAUGCACCAAUUACUGGACAGGCUGGUGAGGGGUGGCAGCGCCCACGUGCUGGGGUAGCGCCUGGCAGCCCCUCAGUGCGGCGCUCCCAAAGCACACACGCACGCACGCACAGAUCUUGACCAUGGCACAAAAUAGGUAGAGGGGGAAACUUUUUUUUUUUUGGUGCGAUUCUUCUUUC